UAUUUAUUUUAUUUUGUUUAGUAAAACCAGCUGGUUUUGAGCGCGAGCGUCACGAGAAGCCGGCGCACGCGCCUUGUGGUGCCUCGGCGGAAGUGUGACUCUGGGGAGGGAGCUUCUGCUUUACUGAGCUCAGGAGUUCGCUUUGAGGCUAGCUAGGUAGAUAACGAUAGCAGCACCUCAGUCGCUGGAUCUCAUUUGACUGUGGACGAUUUUCUGUCAGAUUAAAUCACUUCUAAGCAGCCGGCAUGUCCGCAUAACGUGCCAAACGCCUGCUUUUAUUCUGCUUACGGUGGAGUUCAGCAGGACUGCGUUUGUUGCUUGAUGUUAGUUCCUAGAUUAGGAGAGUCCAGGUCGACCCAGGAAGGAAGUGUUUUCUCUACUGUACCUACCUUGAAACUAGCUUUUUGUGUGGUUUUGUUUAAUGUUGCAUUUUGAUUUAAAACUGUGUAGACGAGUUGGAGCUAACUUCUAGUGCCAAAGGCUUCACUCCCCCGGUGGUAAAGGAGCCAUGACUGUAUGGAUGUCUGAAGCAGGAGAAUGAGUGCAAGCUUUCAGUGGAGAGGAUGCCACCAUCUUUCACCGAAGACUGUCCUGCUUAACGUAUCGAUUAGCUGACCGGCAACUACUCAAGAGCGUAGCUGCUGCUUGCUCUCCACCUUAGUAACUAGUUUGGUGUAGCUCUUCUGUCCAUGGCUGCUUGUGAGCGGUGUCAACAUGCUGUCCCGGCACGGAGAUGUGGCACUGGCCGGUCCAGGAGGUGGAGGAGCAGGAAUGCCCGCGGUUUCUUUUACAACACAUCGGUGUCCUCCACUCCGACGCCAAGUCCCGAUGACCGGGGAUGCGCGUAUGGCGCGUUGAUGGGCUCCUUUGGGAUGUUCCUGCAAGGGGUCCUCGCUGUGAUGGCUUUCAGCACGCUGAUGUUGAAACGCUUCAGGGAGCCCAAACAUGAGAGGAGACCGUGGAAGAUCUGGUUUUUGGACACCUCAAAACAGGCAAUUGGGAUGCUCUUCAUCCACUUUGCUAAUGUCUACUUGUCGACCCUCAAAGGGGAGGAUCCCUGCUCAUUAUACCUCAUUAAUUUCUUGUUAGAUGCUUCUCUGGGCAUGUUGCUGAUCUAUGCAGGGGUGAGAGGUGUCAGCGCUAUUGUAGAAUGGAGGCAGUGGGACUCUCUGCGUUUUGGAGAAUACGGAGAGCCAGUGCAGUGCACAGCAUGGUUGGGCCAGUGUAUCCUCUAUAUUUUCAUCAUGAUGUUUGAGAAAGUCCUUAUGAUGUUGGUCCUCCUCAUCCCUCAGUGGAAGCAGCUGCCUCUCCUAAAGCCCAUACACAAUCCUAAACUGAAACUGGCCAUCGUUAUGCUCAUCGUUCCGUUCUUCAUCAAUGCCCUGAUGUUCUGGGUAGUAGAUAAUUUCCUUAUGAAGAAGCACAGGACAAAAGCAAAGCUAGAGGAGAGAGAAGAGGACUCACGGGGGAGCAGCAAGGUGCGCUACAGAAGAGCUCUUUCCCAUGAUGACUCGGAGUCAGAGAUCCUUUUCUCAGCUGAUGAUGAAAUGGACGAGUCCGAUGAAGACGAUAUCCGCCGACUCACUGGUGUGAAGAUGGUGAAAAAGAAGAAGCUUCGCAUGGGGAUCCCUGUCUGACCUGUGUGCCCAGCUUUACUGUUAGGAUCAAAGUUUCCUCUAGUAUCUCUUCACCUCUCAAAUCCACAUACAUGCCCCGUUCCCCUACAGGUCAGCCUUCAAUUGAUGACCUUCAAUUACAAAAUAAUGUACUGUAACUGGAUUACUGUUGACUCCUGAAGGACUGCUAUAAAAACUUUUUUUUUUUUUUUUGUCUGUGGUUAACCAGGUUUUUGGGAUUAUCGUUAUGAAUGUGGCACUCUGAGUAUGAGGGUUGUGUUUAAAAACACUGGGAAAAACAGCAAUGAGUAAACAAACUGUUAAAUCCAAUGGGAUACAUUACAUUACACUCGAUUCCAAACCACAUUGAACAAGUGUUACACUGGUUCACUACGGUUUCAAGUUGGACUUGAGUGUGUAUGAGUGUUACAGUCCAGGAUAAAAAUGAAUUGUCCCUAACAGAGCCAAAUAUCAUGUAGUGGGUUACAUUUAAUAUCCUCCCCAGUCCCUAAAAAAAACAAAAAAACAAAAAAAAAAAGUGUAUUCCUGAUGUAGAUUCCAGUAAACUUUGUCCUGUUGUCUUCAUAUGUAGAUGUGCCACCAUGGCCUGUGUUACACGUGUGUGUCUGUGAGGGUGUGUGCAGUUCCGCACCCCCUCGACUUUAAGAGGAGCAUUACGUCAGGUUUUGAUUCACUGUACUGACUCACACUUAACUACCGUAUUUGUUGUAUGUGAUGUCACUUUUGUCAGAGGGAGCACGUUAAUUGUUGCAAUCUUCCACUUCUCCUAACAAAAGCAUCUGAACUCUCUUUUGAACUGUUGAACCUGUAGGACUGCAAGCACCGCACUGCACCAUCCUUCUAAUGUCAGCUCAGCCAGUGUUUGCUUUCUGUAGGCAAAAGACUGCAACCUGUUUGUGACUGUUUCACUGAUGUACUCUGACUUUAUGUUUUGUUGUUUGAAUGUUUUUUGUCUCAUCUAAAGCUGUUUCUUUUUGUUUUUUUGUUUGUUUUUUUUUUACUAUUUUGACUUUCGGGCCAAAAAAAGGUGACUAUGCUCGUCCCAAAAGUGUUUUUUUUUUUCUUCUUAAAUAUGGGAACCAAUUCUUGCACAAUUUCCCAUUUUUCUCAGUUUUCUUGUUGUUGUUUUGUUUUUCCAGUAAUGUGCCUGAGUGAAAUUACCAGCAGGUGUUUGUGUUUAGUUUUGUUUUCUUUGACUGUUUUAUGCAGAGCUACACAUCUUCAGAGGGGUAUACUACGAAGGCAGACAGGAUUUCUUUGCAUUAGUUGGCUUGGCAGAACUUAAAACCCCAGCUGGAGAUAAUGGAUAUCAUAACAGUGGUUUUCAGCUUUCUCUGUUCAACCGGGCUUUCUGUUUCAGGCUCUGCACACGUGCACAUAAAAAGGGGUAUUUCACGGGUCAUGCGACUCUUCUGCCUCACAAAAUGAUCCCUGUUAGUGCCGCCUACUCCAGUCAGAAAUGUUUUCAGAUGAUGAUAAUAAUGAUGAUGAUGAUGAUAAAAGGGUGAUUAAAAAAACAUAAAACUAUAACUGUAAAAUAAGACAUGAGAUUAAUGCGGCAGAAAACUGUUAAUCUGGUGAUUUAGCGCACAGAGUAAUAAAAUAAACAUUUUAAUUCCAGUUCAUUAUUUUAUCGCUGAGUGCGCCCUCUGUGCUGCUGUUUAUUUCUAAAGUGGCGGCUGCACGUUAGAGCUCUGAAACUUUAAACAGGAUCCAUUUAAACAUUACAUGUUACUGUCCUACAGCCUGAUAACGGAGACGGGGAAAUCACUUUAGUUUGUCAGCAGAUCAAAAUGAAAUUAAUUUUAUUGAUGGAUAUUCCUGGUGUGUGUUCUCAGUUCUCGUAGCUGCAAAUCCAGCAGUGUAAAAGACACUUGGCAGCAAAUUAGAAUCAAGUAUAAGAACAUUUAUUCAUUUUCUGCAUCACCAAAUUAAUACAUUCACAUUCCAGUGACAAUGCAAUGACAGCUUGUACUUAAUUCAGUGGUUUUAGUAAGGUACGGCUUAACAGCUUGCACAUAUGAAAUACAUCCCUCAGCGGAGAAUCUGCACUGCACUUAAAACAUGCUGUAAAUAAAAAAAAAAUCAGUGAUAAUGUGGCACUUCUGGACGAUUUUUGAACCACAGCUCAAGUUCCCCCGGUGAUAUAGCCGCUUCUGUUGCAUCAAAAACUUCGACUUUAAGCUCGACAUAGCUUGCUAAGCAUUAAUCUCACUUCAUAGUACACCCCUCAGGCAUGAAGCAGCAUCCAGCAGGCUCUGAUGUUAAAAAUGUGACAUGCAUAGACCUCUAAACUGUAAAUAGUAAGUGUGGACCAGGCAGCUGAGAGAAAGGGCGCAUUUUUACGUGUGUGAUUUUGUGUGCACGUGCCAGUGUAUAAGAACUGGUGUGUGCUGAAUAUGUGUCUGACUGCUGGUCCUGUUUAAACUGGUGUAACUUAAACUACAAGGAUUACGGUGCUGCUGCUGAUUUCAUUCUGAUGUUUUUGGCAUGUCGGUAAGGAAGGAAUGACGUGCGUUGUAAAAGGGGGAAAGUACAGCACUGUGCAGGAGUCACAGUAACUAUCAGCUCCACUAGGAUAAAGAGGGCUUUUAGUAUUUUGCAGAGCUUAAUCUACUUGAUGAACAGCAUCUGAUGGAAAUAAACUAUCAUAUAAAUGCUUUUCAAAUAAACGGUGUGUU